AUGGGUGAUGCUGAUGAGAAAGGCAGCAAGAUUUUUGUACAGUGUGCCCAGUGCCACACUGCUCAGAAGGGAGGCAAGCGCAAGACACGGCCACAUCUCCAUGGUCUCUUUGGGAGGAUGACAGGUCAGGCUGCUGCAUUCUCUUACACACAUACCAACAAGAACAAAGGUAUCACCUGGGGAGAGGAUACACCAAUGCAGUAUUUGGAGAAUCCCAAGAAGUAUAUCCCUGGAACAAAAAUGAUCUUGGCUGGCAUCAAGAAGGGAGAAAGGGCAGACUUAAUUGCUAACCUCAAAAAGGCUACCCAUGAGUAA